AUGAAGUUUCUCGCUGUUUCUUUCGCUGUUAGCAGUGCUGCUGUGGCGGCUCAAGACGAUUUUAACAUCUUCCAACAUAUCGGUGGAAAUGGGCAAUGGUUUCCCGGCGAGGAAGUGACGGGCAUUUCUUCUGAGAUACCCGCAGGAUGUAAAGUCGAUUUGGCUGCCUUCUUCUCCCGUCACGGCUCGCGGUACCCUGACAAAGGCGCCUACAAUGGAUGGGUUGAAUUUGCCAACUACAUCCAAGCUGCAGGUGAUUUUACUGUUAACGACGAUAAACUCGCUUUUCUCAAGUCCUGGAAGCCGGUGCUCUCAGAUCCUGAUGCUCAGAUCGCCAACAUAAGCCCGACUGGAUGGAAAGAGCUUCACGAGAUGGGUACAACUUGGCGCCUCCGCUAUCCUGACCUGUACGAUUACAACACCCCCUUCACUAUGUGGGCAAACUACUAUACGUCCGGCCGUGUGCGAGAUAGCGCACGCUUGUUCGCUCAAGGCUUCGUCGGACCCAACGCUACAGAUCUUACCACUAUCUAUGCCCUCAACGCCAGCGACCCUGCAAGUUGGGGCAACACUCUUGCACCCAGUGAUCUUUGUAAGCCUUACAACGACGCGGGUGGUGGCCCUGCCAAAGACUUGUGGGACUCCAUGUAUCUCCCUCCCAUCGUCGCCAGGCUCAACGCUAAGAUUCAGGACGACUUGAGUCUGACAACGAGUCAAGUCGACCAGAUACCUUACCUUUGUGGUUUCGAGACCCAGAUCACUGGUCGCCGAAGCCCAUUCUGCGACAUCUUUACUGACGAGGAAAUCUUGCAAUACGAGUAUGCGCAGGAUCUGCGUUAUUGGUAUGGUACCGGCUUAGGAUCCGAUAUCGAAAAGUAUCAGAUGUUGCCAGUUGUCGACAUGACCGUACAACGCUUUGUCGACGGUCCGAAUGCGACUUACAAAGCGGGUAACGGAACUUUUGUUCCUCCAAAGAUCAUGGCCAAUUUUGCGAAUGAUGGCCAAAUCAACCAGCUCGCCGCUGCAAUUGGUGUUUUUGACAACCAACAGCAACUUCCAGGCAAUAUGUCGCUACCGAAUCGCCUCUUCCGCUCAUCCCAGGUUGUGAAGAUGCGCGGAACGAUUGCAUUCGAACGCCUCUCUUGUCCUGCUGUUGCCCACAAUAGCACGUACGGCUAUGGUACCCACAACAAUUAUAAUACUACCACAUUCGAGGAGACAUUCAUGCGAAUCCGCAUCAACGAGGUCGUAUACCCUGUGGUGGACUGUAAUAGUGGUCCCGGCUCUUCGUGCCCAUUGUCGCGAUACCAGAGCAUCAUCAGAGCGAAGCGUGUACAGGCCGGCGACAUAACCAAGUUGUGCAAUAUGACUGAUGAAGGCCUUGCGCCUGAGCCGAAAGCGACUUUCUUCUUCGACAAUACUCUGCCUUGGCAAUCAGUUGUUAAGCCGUAG